CACUUCUCGCAAUGAGGGAACCGCCAGAAGGCCCUCGGUGCUGGACCUCAGGGUCCGGGCUGAACAAUGCGGGUGGAGACACUCCUUCAGGUAUACAGGACCAAGGCCGUUCUAAAUUACUUUCUUUUGAUCCCAAGUGCUCAGAAAAAUCCAUCCAAAUCUUCAGUCGUUUGAAAACUAGGAAGUUAAAUAGAACAAUAACACCAGGGAGUACCUUCCAUGCGGUUAACGAGUAUAUUUAGCAAAAUUGACAAAGAACACGCCUGUUUGCAUCUUAAGAUAAAGUUUUCUUGGAUUGGCUGGAAACCUUUUCAGUACUGCACUUCCUUCUCAAAUUCCUCCUUUUUCUUCCAGUGCAGUUUUUCUGUGCACAUUCAGCAAGCGUAACCAAUUGAGACACUGCCCCAUCAUUCUUGACCAGGUCUUUACUCUCCACAAGUACUGAAGGACCGCUCUGCUGUUGCUGCAUGGCUGAGCAAGAGAAAUGAGCAGAGCCUUUUUGUUGAAAUAUCAAGGAAAGUGAGUAUGAUUGUCCCCCCAGGAUCUGUCGUCGUCACGGAUUGGCACAAGACUCCAGAGGGCAAGGAAUACUUCGCCACUCUCUUGCGCCAGAGCAAGCGCAGGCUGUUUGGGCUGACUGAAAGGCCAGUGCUGCCCCCACAAGUGGGUGCUGAUAUUGCAAGCUACAAGGUCUUCGUGUCGGGGAAGAGCGGCGUGGGCAAGACUGCACUGGUGGCCAAGCUGGCUGGUCUGGAGGUGCCGUUGGUCCACCACGAGACAACAGGGAUCCAGACCACAACUGUGUAUUGGCCAGCCAAGCUCAGAGAGAGUGGGAAAGCCAUCUUCUUCAAGUUCUCCUUCUGGGACUGUGGCGAAGCCGUCCUUAAGAAGUUUGAUCACGUCUUGCCGGCUUGCACAGAGAAAGUGGACGGUCUCCUGCUCCUCUUUUCAUUCACAGAUCGGGCAUCCUUUGACGACUUGCCAAACCAAAUCUCACGGGUGGCUGAUGGGGCCAAUAAUGCCAUCAGAAUGGUGGUUGGCACCAAGUUUGACCAGUUCGCCCACACCGACGUCACGGACCGGGACGUGACUGCCUUCCGCCAUACUUGGGGCUUGCCGGUCUUGCGGGCCAAGAGCGUCAACGCGCCACGGUUGGCCGACGGACAGACCCUGGACGGCCGUGCUGGACUCUCGGAUGUGGCCCACCUCCUGAACGGGCUGGCAGAGCAUCUCUGGCGGCAGGACCAACUGGUGGCCGGCCUCAUCGCUCCCUCCAUGACUCCUGGGCCCCUGGAAGAGCAAAAUCCCUGGUAAAAGUAUCCUGGGGUGGCCCGUCUUUUUUCAUAGCCUUUUCCCCCAGAUGAGCCAUUGGGUGGCACUCAAGACCUUUGAGUAAAAAGGCUUCUUCCAAGCCUGGGCCUGGAGGACCGCUAGGCCGAAGCCAUCGCUGCCAUGGCAACCAUGGUGGCAGGAACACAUUAUAGCCAUGCUUAGGAAAGAACAGGUCUGGCUGAUGGAGAAGACAGCUUCCUCAAGGCCAGGUGGCCCUCUGAGAGACUCUUCCCCCGCCACCUCCACGAAGCCCACAGCACCCUUAUUGUUUGCGCAGAUUAAUCCGGGGUCUGUUAACACUGAAUUUCGGCUCUGGGAUUCGACUUGGUAGGAAGAAGAGUGAGGAAUACUUCUGCCUUCUCCUUAGCCACUAGCAGAAGGUGUCCCAAAAGGAAAUCAACCUCUCCCUGUGGUGGAGUCAGAUCGUGCCCACAGAGAGUGGGCAAAGUGUACACAGCCCCCUCCUCUGUAGUUUGGUGUUGCUUUCAUGCCAAGAAAUCUAGUAAAUGGCUUUCAUUUAUCAGAGA